AGAACACACCAGUUCGUCGCAAACACCAGCACCAUGGCCACCGACAACACAAAGUACUAUGAGCUCUACCGCCGAAGCAGCCUGGGCGGCUCUCUCACAGACACGCUGGAUCACCUCAUUACUGAGCGCCGAAUAGAGCCCCAGCUCGCCAUGAAGAUUCUCGCCAACUUUGACCGGGCCGUGGCCGAUGUGCUUUCCGAGAAGGUCAAGGCACGGUUGACAUUCAAGGGACAUCUUGACACAUACCGCUUCUGCGACGACGUCUGGACCUUCAUUAUCAAGGAUAUUAACUUCAAGCUGGAUAACACCCAUCAGAUCCACGCCGACCGCGUCAAGAUCGUCAGCUGCAAUGCGAAACGUCCUGGUGAAGCAUAAAGAGCCCUGUCCGCACAUUGAUAGAGUCAAGGAUACUCAGAGAUAUAUCAGAGAGCUACAAAAAUGGCUGUAGUCGAAAAUGCACAGGACCCGGGGAAUGCGGCGUCACCCAAACUCCAAGUGUCUGCUCAUAGGGUUGACCCUCUGGCACAUUUUUAAUCGGAGUUAUGAUUUUGGACAGGGAAAAACCACGAUACCUCUGGCAUAAUGGGAGUUUGGAGUUUGGCAUUUGCAAUUGGCGUCUGGACUGACGCACUCAGAAUGGAAUAAGCGUGAAGCAUGCGCAUAUC